AUGUCCUACUGCCGGCAGGAAGAGAAGGAUCAGAUCAUAUUUGUGACCAAAGAAGAGCAUGAAACUCCUAGCAGUGUGGAACUGGUGGCUGAUGACCCCAAUGAUCCCUAUGAGGAGCACGGAUUGAUGCUGCCCAAUGGAAAUAUUAACUGGAAUUGCCCAUACCUUGGGGAAAUGGCGAGUGGCCACUGUAGGGAACAGUUCAAGUCUGCCUUUCAUUGCUUCCAUUAUAGCAAAGAGGAAAUCUAGGGAUCAGACUGUAUAGACCAGUUUCGCCAAGACGAGGAGGAGGAAGAGGAGGCAAAGCCAGUGGAGCACAAGGAAGAAACAACUGCUCCUAAGGCCUCUGCAGCCAAAGAGCAGGGGUCAAGCUCCUGA